AUGGGCUUCGACAAGACAGAAAAUAACUCCUGGAGCUUUUCGGUCUCUGCAGAUGUAAGAACCAUGAAUCAGAAAGCAGAUGCCUUCUUCAGAGCUAGACAAAACUCUAAUCCUGUGGUCUCGACAAAGAAGAAGAUCCUCCAGUUUGCAAAAGAUAGCCAAGUGGAUAUGAACAAAUCUUUAAUCGAAAUAGAGGAGUUUCCGAGGAAUGCAUAUGCAGACGAACUGGAGAGAUUUCCUGUUCUAAAGGACUAA